CGGCGCUCGGCUGUCUCCGGCGCGGCUCGGCUCGGGUCCGCGGCCGUUGCGGAGCCGGGCAUUUCUCCGCAGCUCGGCUCGCGGCCGCGCCCAUGCAGGCCAUCAAGUGCGUGGUGGUCGGCGACGGCGCCGUGGGCAAGACGUGCCUGCUCAUCAGCUACACGACCAACGCGUUCCCGGGAGAAUACAUCCCCACCGUCUUUGACAACUACUCGGCCAACGUGAUGGUGGAUGGCAAGCCGGUCAACCUGGGGCUGUGGGACACGGCGGGGCAGGAGGACUACGACCGGCUGCGACCCCUCUCCUACCCACAGACGGCCGGGAAGCUGGUCGGGCUGCGGACCCCCAUGACCUCUGCUGCCCACCCGCAGGACGUCUUUCUGAUUUGCUUUUCCCUGGUGAGCCCGGCCUCCUUCGAGAAUGUCCGCGCCAAGUGGUACCCAGAGGUGCGGCACCACUGUCCCCACACUCCCAUCCUGCUGGUGGGCACCAAGCUGGACCUCCGGGACGACAAGGACACCACUGAGCGGCUGCGGGACAAGAAGCUGGCGCCCAUCACCUACCCGCAGGGCCUGGCCAUGGCCCGUGAGAUCGGCUCUGUCAAGUACCUGGAGUGCUCAGCACUGACCCAGCGGGGCCUGAAGACCGUGUUCGACGAGGCCAUCCGUGCCGUGCUGUGCCCGCCCCCCGUGAAGAAGCCGGGCAAGAAGUGCAGCGUGGUGUAGGGCCGGGCUGGG